AUGGCCACCAUUACGCAAACCAUCUCAGACGUGCCUCGCACCUCAUUGCCGCAUUACGAGGAAGUACCUGAGACCAGCCAGGAUUUAGAUUGGGCAGAUCUGAUCACGCUUGACCUGUCGAAGUUUGACCAUCCGGGUGGUAAGGAGGCCUUGGCAAAGCAGCUUCAAGACGCUGUCCAUAACGUCGGCUUCUUCUAUAUCACAAACUUCGGGCUCUCACAGGACCAGGUGAGCCGACAAUUCGCUGUUGGCCAAGAGAUCUUCAAGCUUCCCACAGAGGAGAAGCUGAAGUACAGGGCCGAUCUCGAGCAUGGUAAUUACAAUGGAUACCGACCAAGAGGAUCAAUCGAGUUAUUCCCUGGUUUGUUCGACAAUGUUGAGAUGUACAACGUCUUCAAGUUCCUUCCCGAGCUCGAACGUACACAGCCGGCGGUCAUCCAGGAGAAUCGAGCAGAGGUCGAGGCAUUUCAACGGCAUAUCGCGGAGGAUGUGGCGCAGAAGCUGCUCACCCUCAUUGCGAUAGUUCUUGAGCUUCCAGAGGAUCAUUUGACCAAUGGGCAUCGAUACAAUGACCUCAGUGAAUGCCACCUGCGCUACAUGGUUGGUUGUCGUACUUGUCAGCGUGGCCAGCAGCUUCUGACCGUUGGCCCCAGAUCUAUCGCCAUCGCACGCCCGAAGAGAAUGCAAAAUUCGACAAUCUUUACUCUCGCGGUCACACCGAUGUGA